GGCCGUAUCCAACCGCAGUCCGCAGAUGCGCAUAGCGCGCGGCGGCCACGCUACACACCACCUAUCGCUUUCCGCGCCGCCGACCAUCCCUUGCCUCUCGCGCCUCGCUUGCCCCCCUCCUAAACCCCCGGUUGAACCCUAGCCCUCUACCGACCGCCUCCGGGAGGGAGCAUGCACGUCGCCAGGCUCCUCAGCGCCCCGUCCUCCGCCGCCACCUCAUCCUUCUCCUCCCCCUCCGCCCGCGCCCGCCCGCGCCGCGCGUUGUGGAAGCCGCGGUCCGCCCGGGGAACUCCCACCUCCCCGCCGCCGUUGUUCUCGCUGCGCGCCCAAGCCUCCAUGCAGCCGGCUACGCCCGAAGGGCAGGGCGGUUCGCCGGUGCACGGCGUGUCCAACACGGUCGUCGGGGUUCUUGGGGGCGGCCAGCUUGGGAAGAUGCUCUGCCAGGCGGCUAGCCAGAUGGGGGUCAAAAUAGUUAUCCUGGACCCCCUCGAGGACUGCCCGGCGAGCUCUGUUUGCCACGACCAUGUCAUCGGGAGCUUUAAUGACGGCGACACGGUCCGCGAGUUCGCCCAGAGGUGUAGUGUCCUAACCGUGGAGAUUGAGCAUGUUGAUGCCGCAACACUCGAGAAGUUGGAAAAACAAGGUGUUGAUUGUGAGCCUAAAGCCUCAACAAUCAUGAUUAUUCAGGACAAGUACAGGCAGAAAGAACAUUUCUCAAAAUUCGGAAUCCCGUUGCCUGACUUUGUUGAAGUAGAUAUGUCACACAGCAUAGAGGAAGCUGGGGAAAUUUUUGGCUAUCCUCUAAUGGUAAAAAGCAAGAGAUUAGCAUAUGAUGGUCGAGGCAAUGCUGUUGCCCAAAAGAAAGAGGAGCUAUCUUCUGUUGUUGCUUCACUGGGUGGAUUUGAGCAUGGUUUGUAUGUUGAGAGAUGGACCCCUUUUGUAAAGGAGCUUUCUGUAAUUGUGGCAAGGAGCAGAGACGGUUCUACGGUCUGCUAUCCUGUUGUUGAAACCAUUCACAAGGACAAUAUAUGUCAUGUUGUCGAAGGUCCUGCUGAGGUAUCUGACAAAAUAAAGAAGUUGGCUACUAGUGUGGCUGAAAAAGCAAUCAAAUCACUAGAAGGUGCUGGUGUUUUUGCUGUAGAGUUAUUUUUGACAGAAGAUGAUCAGAUUUUAUUGAACGAAGUAGCCCCUAGGCCUCACAACAGUGGGCAUCACACAAUUGAGUCAUGUUACACCUCACAAUACGAGCAGCAUUUACGUGCUAUUCUUGGCCUUCCUCUUGGUGACACCUUGAUGAAAGCACCUGCAGCAAUAAUGUACAACAUCCUGGGCGAGGAUGAGGGUGAGGCAGGAUUCUUGCUGGCUCAUCAGCUUAUUCAGAGGGCAUUAAAUAUUCCAGGUGCAUCAGUCCAUUGGUAUGCAAAGCCAGAGAUGCGAAAACAAAGAAAGAUGGGUCAUAUUACAAUUGUGGGGCCUUCUAAGAUCAGUGUAAAAUCACGCUUGGAUAAGUUGCUGCAAAGCUACACGCAUAACCCCAAGAAAGUUACAGCUAGCCCUCGUGUUGCUAUAAUAAUGGGGUCUGAUUCUGAUCUUCCCGUGAUGAAAGAUGCUGCGGUGGUAUUGACAAAGUUCAACAUACCUUUUGAGCUUACAGUUAUUUCCGCACAUCGUACACCAGAGUGGAUGUAUAACUUUGCCUUGUCUGCUAAGGACAGGGGAUUUGAGGUCAUAAUUGCAGGCGCAGGCGGAGCAGCUCACUUACCAGGGAUGGUAGCUUCAUUGACUUCUCUUCCAGUAAUUGGAGUUCCCAUCAAGACUUCUUCACUGGAUGGGCUUGAUUCCCUCCUAUCUAUUGUGCAAAUGCCAAAAGGUAUUCCUGUUGCGACUGUUGCUAUCGGGAAUGCUGAAAAUGCAGGUUUGUUGGCGGUUAGGAUUCUUGCCUCAAGAGAUCCUGAGCUUUGGGGCAUGGCAACUAAAUACCAGUACGAUCUGAGAGACAUUGUCUUGGAGAAAGCAGAAAGGCUUGAGAACCUAGGCUGGGAGGAAUAUAUGAAGUGAAAGGGUAGAGGCAGGCCCUAUGCUAGGAAGAAUAUAUGAGUCAAAUGUCUCUGGCUGUCCACUCAAUUUCUGUUGGUAUUCUUUUACAUCCAGCGUUGAUAAGAGCCGACAUGAUCUGGUUGGGACAGAUUCUUAAAAUCCUUGAGCCUGCCUCGCCGUUCAUUCGUAUGCUAAUUGUGCUUAUCCUCGGAAUUAGUCCACUCGUAAAAAUGUGGCUUUCUUAAUGGAGGCGUGACUUGGAUUUAGAGGGAAAAGGAUUGGGGGAAGUUCCAAGCCGCUCCUAAGUGGAAAAUUGCACCAUGCAAGAUAAAAUGUUUUGCUGGUAUUAUUGCGACAAAA